AAUACCAUUACCAGUUCAGCUCCUUUUCUUCAUAGCUCCGCACAACAACUCUCUCUCUCUCUCAGUCUCAGGUUGCUUCUUUACAGCGAGUUUUUAACUCUGCAAUAGCAAUGGGAAGGGCGAUAAGUAUUGUCAUGCUAUGCUUUGCACUGAUCAUGCUUGUUUUGCUAGAAGAAAACCAGGCUUUUAACACUGCAGGCAUAUUAGCUUCACAACCGCAAGGAAAAGGCAAAAAUGCAAUGUAUGGUGCCACCCAAGGAAGCCUCCGUCCACAGGAGUGUGGACCGCGGUGCACUACAAGGUGUUCGGCGACGGCGUACAAGAAACCAUGCAUGUUCUUCUGCCAAAAAUGUUGCGCAAAAUGCCUGUGUGUGCCUCCAGGCACCUACGGGAACAAACAAUAUUGCCCUUGCUAUAACAACUGGAAGACCAAGAGAGGAGGCCCUAAAUGCCCUUGAUCUUAGUCUCUGGAUACCUACCCUGUAUUUAUUUUUAUUUUUUUAUUUAUAUAUUUUUAAUUUUUAAUGUAACCAAGAAUAAAUAUCACUUUCUACGGUAAUAAUAAUAAUUCAAUUCUUGCCUUUUGUUUUU